CAACGGAAUACUUGGGGUGACUCUGGAAACGAAAAAUUUCAUCAUUUUCCAAGGAACAUUUGUGGAAACAUUAUAUUUACUUUGAGUGGGAAGUUCUAAGUUUCAAAAGUAAACAGACUAGAAAUACGACUCCUUGAUAUCAUUCGAGGAACGUUCAAAAACAAAAAUUUACCCUGCUCGAGCAAGGUGAUUCUCGUUUAGUACAAGUUCGACUCCCGACCCGAUAACACGUGUUGCUUCGUUCUAAACGUUAUACGUAUUAGUGAAGUGUGAUUUCAUCAAAUGGAUAUUCCUCAACCAUCAUGGUUUUUUUUCCCAUGAGAGAUGAACUCAGCCAUGGAGGGAUGGAUCGUCGCAUCUCGGAUCGUGAUAUGAAAGUUAAUUGCAAGCCAUAGUAGAGUACAGUAAUGCGCGAGACAAGUAGAUGAAAGAAGAGACAGAGUUGAGUUCCUGUCUUCAUCAUGGAAGGACGUUUGCGUGUUCAUCGGAAAGCGGGAUGGAAUAGAUGGAGCAUUGUCUGAAUUCGUUAAGAGUCGAAAAUGACGUCGUUACGACGGCACGGAGGCAAGAUUUCAGAAGGACUGGUGAAACAGGCGGGAUUAUAAUACCUAUAAUACCUAAUCUCGUCUAAGGGUGUCUGGAAGCCCCUAAAUCAUGACCCCUCGAAAACAAAGGCACGUCCAGUUUUUUGCAUCUGUAGCCAUUACGGUAAACUCUUGUUUUCGAGCGAUCAGGAUCUUUCUAUGGCCAGGACGAUAAACUCUUGGUGACACAGUCGACGAGUAAGAGAUUUCACACCUGCUGCCAUGGGAGACACGUGUGGACACACGUUUCGAGGUUCUUACGAAGGUGUGCAAACGGACGACAGAGCUCGUCUUCUGGUACGAGUAGCCAUCGGUCUGAUGACCAUUCGAACGACGAAGGACACGCAUCGAGGCAGGGUAUAAUGGAAGAAAGGGAAAUGGGGGGCGUUUCAGGAAAGAGUCGACCUUGUCUGUAUGGACUGAUAAUUACAAUCGCAAACUAUCAUUGUGUCUCGAGUUUCUUCGAGUAGGAUAUUAAUGAAGAAACGAUGCUACCGGUUCGAAAGGGUUAAAAUGAUCGAGGAAGAGAUACAAGGGGGGAUGAGAUGAAAGAUGAAAAGGAAAGAGAGAAAAAAAAAACAAGACUCGAUGACGGAUUUGAGGGAACAAGCAGAGCAGAAGGGAGAGGCGAGGAGAAAGAGAGACGCCGAGGUGAAGCAAGGCGAGCCAGUGAUCGUAGUGGGAUCGACAAAGCUACCUGGAUCCACGACGGCCACUUUCGACGGCAGUAACCACGAAGACGCCAUGACCGCACCAUCACCCACAUCGUCCUCGACGCGGCUAUCCACCGCUCUUCUAGUUGCUGCGGUUUUUAUUCUUCUCGCCACACAGGUAUGCAGCGGAGCUUAUUACGGGAAGCUUAUCGGCAAGCUGUCGGAACUUCAUCACGGCGUCAGCGGUGAAGUUUACGCCGUGGACGGGCGAACUCUGUUCGUCAAGGAUUUCACAUACGACGGGGAAGCGCCAACCGCUUAUUUCUAUGUCGGCAAUACCAAGACCCCUAAUGGUAAUGGAAUCAGGCUUCGUGACGAGCGUGGAUCGGCGGAAACGAUAAAGCGGUAUCGAAGGAAGAGCAUCACCCUGACGUUACCGGAAGGCAAGACCCUGAACAACAUCAAAUGGUUCGCCGUAUGGUGCGACGAAUACGCUGUGAAUUUCGGAGACGUCAGAAUACCACGAGGAUUCGAUUACCCUAAACCUCAGAAAUUGGCAGCAUUGAGCGGAGUGCACGGGGUCAGUUCGGAACCGAUCGUCGUAGUCGAUGCCCAAACCCUGUUGAUACCAAGUUUCAGCUACGAUGGCGAAGCACCUGACGCGAAAUUUUGGGUAGGAGCCGGUCCAACACCGUCGCCCCAAGGUAUUCGAGUGCCCGAUGAGAACGGCAAGGAGGUUCCUCUUCGUCGAUACGAUCGCAAGGCUAUCGUGCUGACGCUACCUGGCGAUCUAACGAUCCACCAGAUCGGCCAUUUUGGCGUCUGGUGCGAGGCGUUCACCGUCGACUUCGGCCACGUACAAAUUCCGCAGAAUCUUAACGUGCCACCGUCCCUAAAGAUGCUCGGAGUCUCGCCGCAGUCGAAACUGAACUGCGAAGUUCUGGAGGAGAAGCUGGCUUUCGAGGUGCGAUGGGCCGUGGCCGGAGACAGCAUAGUCGCCCAACUGGUCGGAAAGCUUGAAGACGGACAGUACAUGGCAUUCGGAUUGUCUGCGGAUCCUAACAGAAGCUUGAUGGUCGGAGGAGACGCGGUAGUCGCAUGGGUCGAUAAACAAACCCUUCAAGGAUACGCUGUCGAUUAUUUCUUGGACGCCAAGUCGCAGUGUUCCGGUGGACGGGGUAGUUGCCCCGACACGCGCAUACAAGAGAACACGAAUUCCAUUCGAUUGUUGAACGCUGCACUGGUGGACGGAUAUAGUAUUGUCACGUAUCAGAGAGCACUGAAGACGAACGACGAGCUGGACCAUCAAAUCCUGACAAACGGCUCGCAAGCGAUCAUCUGGGCCAUCGGUCCUCUCAACGAGAGGCUAGAGGUCAGCUUUCACACGGACUAUCUGAAAAGCGACCGUUUCAUCGACUUUGGUAGACCACCGGUCUGGAAUUGUCCGAUCCCGGAGCAUUCGCAAACGAUCGUGGACAACGAAGAUAAAGCCAGCGGAAAUCAGCCAGUGGCGAUUGUAACUACCAGAAGACCUCAACGAGCACCGGCAACUCCAGCGCCAGCGCCGAAAAACGAUGCCUGGGAGAUUCCACCUAUUCAAUGUUACGAACCCGAUGAUGGAGUGUUUUACGCUCAGAUGGGACCGACCGGAGGAAAACACGGCUAUCCUGCGAUCACCGGUCACGUCGGCUGGGGAAUCUCUUGGUACAUAAAUGGCCUACUAAUUCCUGUAAUCAACGUUGUACGAGGUAGAAAAUAUACUUUCGUGGUGGAAGGUGGUGAGGAUCCUGACACACCCGCUCGUUACCAUCCCUUCUAUAUUACUGACGAUCCUGUUGGUGGAUACCAACACAAAACACCUGAAGAGAAAGCCAAGGUGAAAAUAUUCGCUGGUGCUCAACGUCAACGCGGCGUGUAUCGACCAACGGGUGUCGGUCGACUGUGCAAUUGGGUGCCGGAUCAAAGUCAACCCCCCGCCGACGAAUUCACUUCGUUUGGUGCUUACCAGCGCACCCUGACUCUGGAAUGCGAUCAUGGAGACCCAGGUAUCGUAGAAUGGACCCCUGACAACAACACCCCCGACACCGUCUACUACCAGUGUUUCACGCACCGUUACCUGGGCUGGAAGAUCAACGUUCUCGACAGCUGCGACGCCGGCGAAUCAGCUGCCAGCGAGAACCACGAGGUGUUCGUGCAGCCGGAACGUCAACGAACGAACGUGGAUCUCGAGAACAGCCCCAGCAUCCGUGUCCCGAGCAAGGUAACGCCAUCGGCGGAGUUUCUUCAGCAGCAUCUUCAUCAAGCUCACGGUGAACACGGGCUUCGUAUUCCUUAUCAUCCAGCGACUAACCCCGGCAAGCUAAGCACACCAUACACCCAGCUACUAACGAACGCUAAUAACAACAAUUACGUCCGCUUGCAAUCAUCGUCGCAGUACGAGGAGCCGUUCGUUUCGAAGCCUUCUUCUCCGUACAGUACGCCGGGCAUCAGCGUUCUGCCCCAUAGUCACGAGGUACGCGUGAAGGAUAUGCAUCACGUGCACCUCGACGAGGAUCCGAUGCAGCAACAACAGCAUCAUCAUCCGAACUACCAUCGUUACAAUCAUCUUCAUCAUCAUCAUCAGCUAGCUCCGAUCUAUCACGAACAAUCGAUGGGAAUCGAUAGACCGAUCACCUCCCAUCCUGGCAGACAUCAUCAAAUCAUGGAGAUCGAGCCGGAUUUCAUUCGUCAAGCCUCUAACCAGCAAUUGUCUAACCUCGUUGCAGAUAACCCACGACCAAUGAGCCACGGGACAAAAUACACUUAUCCAGCAGCCAGCAACCCGCAGAUCCAAUACCCCAACAGACCGUUGUAUCAUCAUUACGCGAGCAAUUACCACCACCUUUAUCACCAACCGCCCCACCAUCAUUACCAUCACUAUCAGCCAGAACAGAGGAAUCAACUGAUGAUGAUCAAGAGACCGAUGAUGACUCGUCGACCAAUGUUGCAGACCUCUCACACGAUGCCACAGCCGAGUCUUCCCUUACCCUCCAGACCAGUCUUCCUAGAACGAAAGAAGUCUGUCUAUGCCCCAGCUUCGCCCGUUUACAGAAGAAACCAAGAGAAAGUAUCCACGGUGAACGGUAAUGUUCAAAUCUCGAAACUGAAGAAAGUCGACCCGAAACAGUGGAGCAAAGUGGAGGCUAAAGUUUCCGAUACGAACGCACCCAACCUCUUCUCUACUCCCAUGAAACCAGCCAGAAACACAGGCUUCGAUCCAGGCUCCAUAGUGAUCGAAAGUGGUUUCAAACCAAUCAUUAGAACCUUAGAGAAACCCACGGACGUUGCUGAGAAGAGAUCGUCCGAUAUAACGGAUGAAGAAGAUGCUCGAGGAACCACCAACCACAGACCUAACGACAAUUUCGGGCCAGUUUUUAUACCUUCACCCCCUGUCCCAACCGUGGACACGGUAAAAAGAUCGAAGAAGAAACCUCGUCUAGGCGAGGUCGAGGACAUGGAAAUGGCUGCCGACAGGAUGAACGCUUAUUACUUGCCUCCGGUUCCCAGCACGAUCACCAACGAAUCACCGUCUUCACCCUCGUCAGAGGUAUUGAUCACGUUCGACGGAAAGAGACUGAAGGACUCUGGCUUGGCCAGGUCGAUUUCCGGGAUCGAAGAGCAUUCGAAAAGCACGUUAUCCUCGGAUGUGCUUAGUAGAACACCGCAAUUCGGAAGAUUCAAGGGAGAACUACCACCUUUGAUCCCUGGAGAGGCUCGUUCUCAGCUCGAGAAACGUCGUCCAUCGUACAAGGACUCGUUACUGGCCGAAACAACCCCGAUAAAGAACACGAAAUUGACGCUUGUCAUGAGAUCGAAGAGAUCUCCGCACGAGGGACACGUGCAUUUAACGAACGCUUCUGAUACUGAUCAUCUCGAUCGCCAUAGUCACAACGAUCAUCAUCAGAGUAACUCGAGUUCUCUGCUCGUCAGUACCGGUGAAACUAUCAUGGCUAAUUUAGGAUACAUCUUUCUAACUGUUGUCUUUUAUUAUAUCAUUUGAAAUUAUUCGCUGCCGAGUGUGUAGGAUUGUUAAGAAGAUUCAACGAUUUCGUAUUCAGAGUUGUUUCUAUUAGGGACUUCAGGGUGUGAGCAUUGUCUUGAAGAAUAUUCGUUUCGUUAGUAUUUUUGUUAACUUCAUCUAUUCUUUUUUUUCCUCUAAUAGUAAUAAUUCUGACAUGCUGGGGCCAUGAGGGCCUCAAGAAUAUUUGGCAUUCAUCAGGGGCAGAGGUGAAGGAUGCUGGUCCUGGUUCUAACAAUGCAAGCCAUCUGCAAGGAAUAAUUUCUUCUUUUUUUAACCUGUUAACUAAAGAUCUUCUUUUAACACGUUGAUCGUCGCGAUAGAAAUAGCCAUAUCGAAUACAGGAUACAAGGGUUAUUUGCCUCUUGCGCGUGUAACAAUAGUUUGUCUUAUAAAUGAUCCAUGAAUAAUAGGAUGUACUUUCUUUCUGAUGUAAGUGUAAUAACAUCGCCGAAGGCAAGAAUCUUUCAGGAUUUGCAUUAUUAGAUUCUAUAGGUCUUUCAGUAGAAUUCAGGUUAACAGGUUAAUCACGUUUGCCACGUUUCAGCGCGAAAUGUACGUGACUUUGUGGAUUAAUAGACAAUGUAAUCGACGCGAUAACACGGGAGAGGAAUAUAACUAACCACAAAAUACCGAUCCAUGGUUUACUUAUUUAUUCAGCUAUUUAUUCAUGAAUUAUUUUGUCCCUUUGUCGUACGAGAGAGAAGCUUCCAAGACGAGCAAUAGUAUUGGAAAAAAAGUUUGUGUCAUUUACGCUCAUCGGAUCUCCGACUCUAUAAGAGUACAAUAUACCUUCGUUACAUUUAUUUUUUUUUUCCUAAGUAAGUUUUAAGUCUCGAGGUGCAUGAAAGAAGGAUCUUAUCAUUCUACGUGCUACAACUACGUUGUGCUCUAGACUAUAUAUACUUGUACAUAAGUUGAUUGUUAAUAAAUUGUGUAAUGGAUAUCACGUUCCUUUCUUUAUUCCGUGCGGUGAACUAGAAGGAAGGAUGAUGUCAAUAUUGUACUCAACCGAAAUGGUAAAGCAAUUAACAGGAAGAGAAUUCAACG